AUGGAAGCCCAGCCUCGGGUUCCUUUUCUCGCAAGAUCACAAGUUCUGAAGACAAUUCUGUUGUCGCGCAUGUAUUCUUCAAUCCAUAAGGUUCGGCUGUUUGCCCGCCCUUGUCGAAUUGUCGCUCGCCGUCGCUACUCCGCACCCUUCGUUGCCCCAUCGCGACAAUUCCAUCUAUCACGAAGAUGGCUCGCAUCUCCACAAGACCCUCAUGAUGUCGAGUCUGCAACGUUAGGGAACUCUGUGGAUGAACAUACCCUCAAGAGUGAUAACGAAAUCCCCAAUGGGGCCCCGGAAUCAGUCCCAUCCUCUGAAUCGACUAAAUCGUUAACAAAGACAUAUGGCUCCGCCGCGCGCAGAGCGAUGAGAAAUCGCAAAUUGUCACAACAGUCAUCACAGUCAGCUACCACUGUACCGUCGUGGUUCCAUGAGCGUAAUACGGUGUCUUGUCGCCAGAACGAGAGCACCGUUGCGCAAUCAUCACAACAGGUCAGGAUCACCAAAUCAGGAUCACAAUUGGAGGAGGAUACUACAAGUCAGAAUACGGUCUCCGGGGGUGGCUCUGAUCCAUCUGAUCCUGACAGCACACCGUCGGAGAACCGGUACUCGAUAGCCGAGGAGUCGUGGGAAGAGUUGCGCGCCUCUGUCAAAGCAGGCCUACGACUUCCGCCGGCAAAAUAUGCCCAAGAGCCCUCGGUGAAGAAGUCACACCUGGUGCUACACUAUCCUGGCAACGAUGGAAGUUCAUUUCUCGAGGCUGUUGUGAAGAGACUUGCCCACGAGUUAAGAAUUGACUUGGUAACCCUGAACGCCCAGGAUAUUGCGCAAUUAUUCAGUGAACAAGAUCUUGCAGAUGCCGGUGUCACUUCACCGAUUCGAUCUCUCGGGUACGAGGUUUACCGACCGGCUCCUCCUAUCUACUCGGAAACCGAAGACCUGGACGCGGAUGGCGAGGACGAAGUUGCUGAAGUUGGCCCCCAGGGAAUGAGAGGCGAUGCUGGGUCACCCCGAUUCAUCACAAUUGAAAGCAGCAAGGACUCUGGCGACAUUUCAAUCCCCAACUGGCUUGGGUUGAAAACGCUUUUGGGUGGGUCAAUCAAUGGCCAAACAGACGCAGACCCCGGGGUCGGCGCUUCACGAAGCGGACAGCGCGCCGAAAGCCGCUGGACUGAAUUAUUGAAUGGGCUCCUGGGAUCACCAGGGCGGCCCACAACCACCCCCGGUGAAUUGGCAGAAACCCCCGAGGGGGAUGUCAGCAAAGAUCUACCAUCUCGAGAUGUAAUUAUGCACAUUCAGGACUACCGUGACAUCCAAAACACACGGGAAGGAUCCAGAUUUAUCUCACUCUUGCACAAAGUCAUUCAAGACCGGAGAGGAUCAGGAUCCAAGAUUCUGUUGAUUGGAACCACCUCACAGGAAAUCAGAAGCACGCCAUCACCAGAUGGAUCCGGCCUUCUACAGAAUGUCCUCGAUGAUCAGUACUCGAAAACCUUGUUCAUCACGCCUGCCAUGAGCUCGAAGUUCGCUGAAAAGGUCUUCGUGGAAGACCGCAAGAAGCGCACCACCGACAUUAAUAUUCGCCACCUUCAGAGCAUGCUCCGCUUCCGACUAAACGAGCAGUCUUUGCCUGUGAAAGACAACAUACUCAGCGACCGAGCUUGGCCACUAGAGUCUUCGGCAAUCAAGGAGUCCGGGAUCGAGGAUCGUUUCUGGACAUACAACCAAGUGCAUUGGAUUGCCACCCUUGCACUGGGCUGCGCAGAUACCAACGAAUCAUUCGGGUUUGAACACAUCCAACGAGGACUCGAGCUUAUGAGCAAGAGUGACAAAGUGACCAAUGAGUGGCUGAAGCAGAAAGCCCCCAAGCAGAAGGACUCAGAACCAGGCCAGAGCCGAGAGCAGCUAUUGGCAUCCCUGCGCAAGACAUGCAACACGCACGAAAAGAAGCUGCUCAACGGUGUAGUCGAUGCAAAGAGCAUCCGAACCACCUUCAACGACGUGCACGUACCUCCCGAGACCAUCGAUGCAUUGAAGACCCUGACUUCCCUAUCACUGAUCCGCCCUGAGGCGUUCACAUACGGUGUCCUCGCCACGGACAAAAUUCCAGGCCUUCUCCUCUACGGUCCUCCAGGAACGGGUAAAACACUUCUUGCCAAGGCCGUCGCCCGCGAGAGCGGAGCAACCGUCCUCGAAGUCAGUGGAUCUGAAGUUUACGACAUGUACGUUGGCGAAGGUGAGAAAAACGUGAAAGCAAUCUUUACAUUAGCCAAGAAGCUCAGUCCCUGCAUCGUCUUCAUUGACGAGGCAGAUGCUAUUUUCUGCUCGCGCACAGGAGCAGCAAGUCGCACCUCCCAUCGCGAACUGAUCAAUCAAUUCCUCCGCGAAUGGGACGGAAUGAACGAUCUCUCGGCCUUCAUCAUGGUUGCUACAAACAGACCCUUCGAUCUAGAUGACGCUGUCCUGCGCCGACUUCCCCGGCGUCUCCUAGUCGACUUGCCAACCGAGGAGGAUCGCCAUGCAGUGUUGAAGAUUCACCUGAAAGAAGAACAACUUGAUGGUUCCGUAGAUCUCGCCGAGCUAGCCCGCCGCACACCUCUUUACUCCGGUUCCGACCUCAAGAACUUGUCAGUGGCAGCGGCACUUGCUUGCGUCCGCGAGGAAAAUGCCGCUGCCGCCAAACACACCGGAGAUGAGCCGUACAGCUAUCCCGAGCGGCGGAUACUCACACGCACGCAUUUCGAGCGUGGAAUGGAAGAGAUCUCCGCUUCGAUCAGUGAGGACAUGUCCUCCCUGUCGGCGAUUCGCAAGUUCGAUGAGCAAUUUGGUGACCGCAAAGGUCGGCGGGAGAAGAGUCCUGGUUGGGGAUUCAUUCCUGCUCCAAGUGGUGAGGCCUCGGCUGAUUCUGCGCGUGUUCGAACCUGA